UUUACAAACUGACCAUGGCGGGCUACGAGGGCCUGUGUGACAAGUCGUCGGGGAGAUUUGGUGAUGUGUCUGGCAGGAGGUCGAGUUCACCCUUAAAAGACAUUGAAUUCCUGCGAGAAGUGAAGAGGGACCUGAUAGUGGCCAGGGAACAGUGUUAUCAACGGGGACUCCUGCAGACGACCAAGUGGUUGAGUGAACUUCUAGUGUGUGUGCGUGAUGUUCAGCUUGAGGAGCAGUUGCCAUCACUCCUGUCUCUCCACGACCUGCUGGGGGACGAACUCGACCAUUACCACUUGGCCAAAUCCUACCUGGACCUUAAGGAGUAUGACAGAUGUGCUUACUUCACUGAACACUGCACCACAGACCUUGGACGAUUUCUCCACCUGUACUCCAGGUACCUCUCUGGGGAGAAGAAAAAGAACGAUGAUAUUGUGGACACACUGGUCACCAAUGAUCAGCACAAGGGCAUCUACCUGAAGGAGUUACACACAGAGCUCUCCAAGGUGUACACACUCCACUCAACUGGGUCUACCUCCAGAGACCCGGGAGACACUGAUAUGGAUGCCUGGCUCCUGUGGCUGUAUGGAGUAGUGCUGAAACGACUUGACCUCACUCGACAGGCUGUGGAGGUGUUGUGUCAAGCCUUGCACCUGCAGCCCUUACACUGGGGUGCAUGGCUGGAACUAGCAGCUCUCAUCUCUGACAGAGAAAUGCUCAGCACACUAAAACUACCGGACCACUGGAUGCGCAAGUUGUUCCAUGCUCACACGUACCUGGAGCUGCAGCUAAAUGAUGAAGCCCUAGAGAUCUAUACUGGCUUACAAGAUGCUGGUCUCUUGCAUUCAACAUACAUCAUGGCCCAAGUUGCUAUCACACACCACAACCAGAGAGAUGUGGAUCAAGCAGUGACGAUCUUCAAGGAACUGGAGGCCAUAGAUCCAUUCCGGCUGGACAACUUGGAUACUUAUUCUAAUUUGUUGUACGUAAAAGAAAUGCGUGUGGAGCUCUCACACCUUGCCCACCGAGUUGUACAGGUGGACAAGUAUCGAGUGGAAACGUGCUGUGUUAUCGGUAAUUACUACAGCUUGAGGUCUCAGCACGAGAAGGCUGUACAGUAUUUCCAACGUGCUCUGAGACUUAAUCCACACUACCUGGCGGCCUGGACUCUGAUGGGUCACGAGUACAUGGAAAUGAAGAACACAAAUGCUGCCAUACAGUGCUACCGCCAGGCUAUUGAGGUGAACAGACGAGACUACCGUGCCUGGUACGGUUUAGGCCAAACCUACGAGAUCCUCAAGUUGCCAGCGUAUUGUUUGUACUACUUUAAACAGGCCCAGAAGCUGAGACCGAAUGACUCCCGUAUGUUGGUGGCACUUGGCGAAAGUUACGAGAAGUUAGAGAAGUGGGAGGAAGCCAAGAAGUGUUUCCUUAAAGCUCACAGCGUCGGUGACAUUGAAGGUAUCGCGUUGUUGAGGCUGGCUAAGUUAUACAAUCGCUUAGGAGAAGGAGAAAGAGCAGCUGUUCUCUUUGAGCGCUACCUCCAGGAGACUGAAGAUGCCGGCCUAAGUGAGGAUCGAGGGCAAGCUUAUCAGUUCCUAGCUAAUCAUUGCCUCCAAAAGAGCGUGCUUGAUUUUGCUUAUGAAUAUGCUCAAAAAUGUACACUGUUCAUGGAAACUCGAGAAAGUGGCAAAACCAUGUUGAGGGAGAUCGCCAACAGAAGACAACACACCGAGCAAAAUACACAGGAUGAUUGUGGCAGCGUCUUGGCGAGUCGGGUGCGGCCUCGCGUUGCCUUAGGGGGAGAUCGGUCAGCCUCGACGAGAUUGCCUCCCCUUAGCCUUACAUAUACACCAUAGCACAAACUUCAAGUCCAGUACUUUUGUUACUUGCUUUCUCUCUUUUAUAUACAGUGUGUAUUUAUGUGUUUUUCAUGUAAACCUCUUUAUUCUGCUGUUUCUUAUUCAUAACACAAUCUGAUUUUAUUUUAUGUACAUUGAUUCCUUUAUAAAUUAUACUCUAUUACAAAAUUU